AGGGAGGGGAGGGGAGGGGGAAUCUUGGGUCCGUCCCCUCAAGAAGGGCUGCUAUUGGCCAUAGUGGAUGCCAGUCGACGCUUCCUGCCUGCGCCGGGAGCCGAAAAGAGAGGUUGCAAGAAAGAGGAAGCGGGCGGAUUGGCCCUCGCUUGUUUCCCCUUGUCUAUGCGAAAGACCGAGCCGGAAGUCGGGCAGAAAGGGCGGCGCGGGCGAGAGGCAAAGCUAAACCGGGCGUUCCCGGAGAAGGGCUUCUUCGAGGGAGGGAGGGAGAGAGCGAAGGGAGCGCCUUUUCCUCUUCGUGGCCAUCCGAGAGCGACCCCAGCAUGGAAGCUGUCGCCAAAUACGACUUCAAAGCCACCGCGGACGAUGAGCUCAGUUUCAAACGGGGAGAUAUUCUGAAGGUUUUGAAUGAAGAAUGCGAUCAGAAUUGGUACAAGGCAGAACUCAAUGGCAAAGAUGGCUUCAUUCCCAAAAAUUAUAUUGAAAUGAAACCACAUCCGUGGUUUUUUGGGAAGAUUCCUCGAGCAAGGGCUGAGGAGAUGCUGGGUAAACAAAGACAUGAUGGUGCCUUCCUCAUCAGGGAGAGUGAAAGUGCUCCUGGUGAUUUCUCCCUCUCAGUCAAAUUCGGAAAUGAUGUGCAGCACUUCAAGGUGCUUCGAGACGGUGCUGGCAAGUAUUUCCUCUGGGUGGUAAAAUUCAAUUCUCUGAAUGAGCUGGUAGAUUAUCACAGAUCAACCUCUGUCUCCAGGAACCAACAGAUAUUCCUCCGAGACAUUGAGCAAGUGCCUCAGCAACCCUCAUACGUACAGGCUCUUUUUGAUUUCGACCCUCAGGAGGAGGGAGAGCUGGGCUUUCGCCGUGGAGACUUUAUCCAGGUCCUUGACAAUUCUGACCCCAACUGGUGGAAAGGAGCCUGCCACGGACAAACAGGCAUGUUUCCACGCAACUACGUUACCCCCGUGAACCGGAACAUCUAGAGCAGAUGGCUAAAGAUUAUUUAAGGAAAGAGGAAAAAGCAGUACAGUCCGCAUUCAGAACCUAACAGCAGCCAGAGAUCUUCAGUCAUCAGGCCAUAAAACCGAGUCCCCUCAGGUCUGCAUGAGGGGGAACACUUUUUUUCACCCAGAAUGGAACUUUGUGGGGAGGGGACAGGAGAAGGGUCCAACUUAUGCACCAAAACUUUUCUUUAAAUUAAAAUGGAUAUUAACAGAUUUCUUUGGUUAUUUCUGGGGUGGCCCUUUUUGUUCACUGGUCCUUUUUCUCCCCAACACCAGUGCAUCAGUGUAUGAAGUGUUACUGCUAAAUGAAGUCCAUGCUAUGCCAGGAAGAGAGGAAGCUCUAUUGAUAUCUGCUAUUCAUGCAUACGGUCUUUGGGAAGGGACUGAGAGAGGAAGCCAAAUAUAUUAGCCAGUUUAAACACACACACACACACACACACACACACACACACACAACACUUAUGCUUCUACCUUCAGUGUUUUGCCUAAGAUAAGGUCUUAAUUUUUUUCCUCACUGCUUUUCAGUCUGAAAGUUGUUCGGCUGUGGAGCAGAGGGGAAGAUGGUAAAUAGGUUGUAGGAUUUUUCUGAGAAAACCUGCAUUACAACCAGAUCAUGUUUUCAUUAACCGUGAUAGCUUUUACUUUUCUUUUUAAUCGUGACUGGGCAUGUUCUUCUGUUUUUUUUAAUUAGUGCCUUUUCCCUUGUUUAACAAAAAACAGUUCACAAUUUUCAGUUUGUUUCUGUUUUUAUGUAAAUAUUUAAGGAAUUGAAUGAGAGGAAUGUAACUUUAUUACAUGAAAAAGAUCUCCAUUUACCAGGUGGAGUUUUAAAAUAUGUAUAAGCAUUUGAUAUUUUUCAUACUAGUUGGGAAAAAGGCAUAAAAUGUCCCAAAACUCGGAGCCUGGGGUUCUUGAGCAAGACAGAGAAAAUAGUCCCAGUUGGGGGGAGCGGGGGGGGGGGGGGCAUAUUUUACAAAGCCUAGGAUGAAAUUCCAAAUUAUUUUCCCCAAUGACAGUAAGGCCUCAAAAAAUUGGGCUUAAUUAUAGCGAAUGGUCGACCCUAAUGUUUGAGGAGAAGCAGUCCAGUCCUGUCCAGAGUUGGCUUGACUCACAGUUGCAAUCGGUGACUAUCUUCCAGCAGUUCCCCAUUUUUCUCACCAGUAUUACGGUAGCUGGAAGAAUCAUCUUUCUUACUCUCAAAUCCCAGAAGGGAGAUUGUAUUCAACUUUUAAUCCUGAUUAAACUCAUAGGUGCCAUGCAUAUUACGAUGAAUGACUUAGACUUUUAAGACCAGGGAGAGCAACCUGCAGAGCUCCUGUGCCAACCAGUUACCUUAUUUCCUUUUGCUGAGCCGCAUACCUGGAACUUGUCUACCUUAGUAACAGACCCCAAAACUACCACAGAGACCUUCCCUUAUGGAAGAGCGUUGUUCUGCCCAGAUCGGGGUAGGGGGGGACCCUGUGUUGGUGGGUGCCUUUUUAUACUAAGUGUUACAGGUAUUAUUCCUGAGAUGGACUCUGCCUUAUAUUUCCAUUUCUCUCAGCAGGUGAAAAAAACAAAGAAAGCUACCCUGUAGCAUAUUAAUUUCUCAUGUUUUUAUUGCUAUCUUUCUCUCCAUUCCCCCCGUCCCCACUUUGUUUUUUAAAAUUAUUGGAAAAGGAAUUAUGGCAUUCUACAUUUGGACCAUUUGAUUGUUUUUCUUAUUUUGGAAUUGGUGUAUAUCAUGCAACCUUGCAGACAUAAUGUCUUGUGUGUAUAUAUAUAUAUUAAAUCAGUGUUUAAAUAAAACAGGCCUAUGUACGUAAUCCGUUAACGCAGCAGGAGCAUUUGGUAGAUAGUAAUUAACUGUGAAUAAUAAAUAUACAACAAAUUCUUCA